AUGGCCGCGACCGACACGAUAAACGGCGACUGGGAGCUGCCGCCGCGCAAGAAGCCCAAGAUCUCCGAGCUCCCACUAUCGUCCACACAACGCGCCAGCAUCGACAGCAUGCUGCACACCUUCAAGAAGAAGGGCGAGUUCGACGCAUUGCGCAAGAAGGCAUUCCAGCAAUACAAUGAGAGUGCGAAACGAGGCAUGUUCGAGGCAUCCCUCAGAGCAUUUACCGCACAGGAGAUCGAUCGCGACCCGAUCAAAUACCUGAAGCCAGAUCGCCGCAUUGCUGCCCCACUGCUUGAAGGUAGUGCUGCACGUGGCGACGUCUAUGGAAAGACCGAACAGGAUGUUGACGCCUACAUCGACCAGUACAUGCAAAACGCUGAGCAAGCACUGCGCGGGAUCAGAGCGGACGAGGUUGGUGGAGAGCUUGCAAAUGAAGAGUAUCGCAAGGGCCUGAAGAGCGAUGAUGCAUACGCUGAAGAAGCCGACGCUCGUCGUCAAGACCGCGAGGUCAAGUACAAGGAAGACGAGAAGAAGCGAGCCAAGCGCGAAGCACAGGAGCAGAAGAAGAAGGAGCUGGAGAUGCUGAAGAAGAAGCAGGAAGCACUAAUGAAGGAGACUACGAAACUGCAAGCUGAGCAGAAGAGACGCGCUGAGCGAGAGGCGUGGAAGAAUGCUGAGAAGGAGCGCGAACGUGAGAGGAUCAGGAAGUACAAUGAAGAUCGCGAGGCGGCCAAGAAGAAGGCAGAGGAGAAGGAGCAGGCGGAGCAGGAAGAGCGAGAGAGGCGUAGGAGAGAACGUGCUGAGGCAGAACAGAAGCGACUGGAAGCCGAAGCCUUGGAUCUGCUGCUCAAGGAAGGACAGGAAAUGACUGAUAAGUCACGACGCCCUGAGCUGGAGCGCAGUGAGAGCAUGGAGCCACCGCCACGUCUCAAGCACCAGUCUGCCCCAAGGAAUAACGCCAGCAAGGACCAGAUGCGCGCGCAGGGCCUCAUGCCGACUUCUUUGACCCUUAGAAAGGGCGACAAGCCGGUAGUGGCGCCUCCCACUGGUCCAAGAGCUUCACGACCACGAUCGCCUUCUCCAGCACGAUCGACCUUCAGUAGCAGCCGACGACGUGAGCCGACACCAGACGAUCGCCGUGGAUCACGACUCGAUACUCGACGUGAGUCCAGCUACCGCGACGUGAGCGCAGAACGCGAAGCAUGGAGAUCUCGAAGACCUGACGGGCGCCGCGAUCGCUCGAGAUCGCCAGUACGCCGUGAACGAGACCGAGGCCGAGACAGCAGAGUUCGCUCUCCUAGUCGUAGACGAUACGACCAGUACAUCGCCCCUCCUCGUGGUAAGAGUUGGAACAGAGAGCGCGAGAGAGAACGUGGUGAGGAAGGCGAAGUUGUCGAACGGGCUGCCCGUAGUAAGAGCAGGGAAUCGUAUCGAGACAUCUUCCGCGACUCCAACACAUACCGCCCAGCCGGCGCCCGCCGUAACGCCAGCCAGAGUCGCAGUCCACCACGACGCCGAGAGCGAUCACGUUCGAGAUCACCUCCACGUCGUCGAGAGUCAAGAGACCGUGGCGGACGCCGAGGCCGAGGCCGAAGCCCUCCUGGAAUCGAUCGGUACAUACCUGGCGGACCUGCUGCUGCUGCCGCUGCUGCCGGCAAAGGCAAAGACGACGACGAAGCGCCACGCAAACGCGCUCGGGACGAAGAGACAGAUCCAAAAGAGAAGCCCCGCGAGUCAACAACCCGCAUCCGGGACGAACGCGACAGAUCACCACCGCGCACGCGCAUCAGAGACGAACGCGACCGUACGCCAGCCCGCACGCGCGAGGGCCGCAACAGAAGCCCAGACCGCAGAAGACGGUACGACGAGCGUGAGCGGAGUAAUGUUGGCACUGAUCGGUGGAUUCCUGGUGGAGGUGGUGGCGCUCGGGAUGGUGAUGAUGAUCGACCACGACGACGAGAGCGGAGCAGACCGAGGGAGGAUCGGUAUGUGCCUAGCCAUCGCGAGCGGUCGAGAGACAGGGAUGCUGGGAGGGAUCGUGAGCGUUCGAGGGACAGGGAGAGGGAUCGCGAUGAUCGAGAUAAGGGGAGGGAGGAGCGACGCCCUACUGCUGCGAAGGCCGAGGGCGAGGAUUAG